GUUACACAGGUACUUUUUCUUCCAAGAUGGCGGCCAUAACACAAGGAGGAAAAAUGUGGAGAUCUUUGACUCUUAGUAGCCACAGAAACGCCUUAAAUAGUUUGGCAGCCAGAUGCAGCAGUACUGUAGCACAGAAAAGGAAGGCAUCUUCUGCAAAAGCUACAGCGAAAACAACAGGCAGAAAUGUGGUCCUUGUUGAUGGAGUCAGGACACCAUUCUUAAUGGCUGGAACAAACUAUGCCAACCUUAUGCCUCAUGAUCUUCAAAGGGGAGCAUUGGAAGGUUUGCUUAAAAAGACUGGUGUUAGUACAGGCUGAAUUCUCAACUAAUGAAACUAUGGGACACAGUGCUGACAGACUUGCGUCGGCUUUUCAUGUGUCCAGAGUAGAACAAGAUGAUUAUGCAUUGAGAUCGCACACCCUGGCUCAUCAAGCAASCGAGGCAGGCAAGUUGACAGAUGUGCUUGCAUACCAAGUCCCAGGCACAACUAAUGUCUUAACAGGUGAUAAUGGUAUCCGAGUGUCAACCAAACAGCAGAUGGCUAAACUUAAACCUGCAUUUGUCAAGCCAUAUGGAACCAUCACAGCAGCCAACUCGUCCUUCUUGACUGAUGGAGCAUCAGCRUGUAUAAUAAUGAGUGAAGACAAAGCUCUCAGUAUGGGACUAAAGCCAAAGGCUUACUUAAGGGAAUUUGUAUAUGUGUCACAAGACCCUAAGGACCAGCUACUCCUGGGACCAGCUUAUGCGACCCCUAAAGCUCUAGAAAAGGCUGGAUUGAAAAUGAGUGACAUUGACAUAUUUGAAUACCAUGAAGCUUUUGCUGGACAAAUUCUGGCAAACAUGAAGGCCAUGGAUUCAGAUUGGUUUGCACAGAAUUACAUGGGAAGUGUUGUCGUCCAUCUUACUGAUUGUUUAAUGGUGUACCAGCCUAAUCUCAAGAUGUUUCCUAAUAAGAGCUUAUCUGUAUCAUUGUUGUACGGUUAAAUUUAAURUUCUCUAAGAGAGGAGCGAAAAUGUUCAAGGUUUCGAAAGCGGUUCUAAGCAUAUGUUUUSGUAUUCCUACAGUAACAAUAUUAUUCUGUAUUGUUUGAUGCGAUGGGAUAAUAAAAUUGAAGACGCAAAAAUA